AUGGCGCAAAACGCUUCUACCCGACAAUCGCAAUCUUCCGCACCACAACCCACUCCCAUCCUCCCUCCUUCAACCCCAGCAAAUUCGCGUUUAUCUCUCAAUCAUUCCACUCCAGCUUCAACACAACCACAACUACACACUCCAACCAUGGCGACUCCAAGCAGUGAAUCGCGCAUGCAUCCACCUAGUAUACCACGCAGUUUGAUGACGCCAGCGAGAGAAUUAAGAGAAAGUUCCGUCGCGAGUAGUAUUGGAUCGGGAAGUGCGACGCGCAAACCGAGACAAAAUUUGGAUGAGCGCGACCAGGUUCAGGCAUUGAAAGCUUGUAUUGUUCAAAGGCACAAUUUUAAAGAAGGCACCAAGAGUCAAUUUUGGAAUGGUGUUAAUGCACAAUUUCAAGAAUCUACCGGUAAAGUUCUGGCGCAAAUGAGCGCGACGGUCGCAAGAUUGGUAGAAGCUCGUAGGAGACAGGUAUGUGAUUGGGAGAAUGAAGUUACUCCUGAUAAGCCUGGUGGAGAAUUAAAUACAUUAUUGGAUGAGUGGAUUGAGUUUUUGAAGGUGGAGGAUGCAGAUGCGGAGGCCGAUAGACAACGACAGGUGGAUGCGAGGAGAAGGGUAGAGGAAUCGAGGAAAGAGGCCAGGAAACAGGUGAUUGUGGCCGAAACCAUGAUACAAAGUCAAAGCCCAGGUCUUAGACUCGCCGCGGGUCCGGCUCCUCCACAACCGAUCGCGGAUAUGGGACAAAAUCAACCUCAGCAUACUCACGUUGGUCAAGAAAUGGUAUAUCAAUCAGCUCCAAAUGGAGAAUUUGUCGAUGCGAAUGGAUAUCGCCCACAUAAGAGACGAAGGACUACGAAUAACGAGCGCCAAUUACCACCACAAGUUCACCAAGAACCAAUUAUCUACGCCCAACAAGAAUAUCGACCGGUUCCUCCUCCAGCUCCAUCCUCACCACCUCGACGCGUCAUAGUAGAAGGGCAAUUGACCAAAGAAGAUUGGCGUGAUAUCAUGGGCAGUGAUGCACGACUGCGGGCGCUAGAAACCAAAGUCGAUAAAAUCGAAUUCAUCGUUUCACAAAAUAAUAAAUUGUUGUUACAAUUAUUAGCGCACCAGAAGACGGAGGAUAAGGAUAAGGAGAGAGAAAGAGACAAGAGGAAUGAUUCUGAAGAUCAUGAUCGGGUGCCCGUUCAUUUGGAUGCGGAAUUUGAGAGGGAUUAUUUGUGA